AUGCCAGGAACACAGAGGACAUUAAAGUACAGUGAGGAGCUGAAGAUGAAGAAAUUGGUUGAGGAACUGCGUAAAAAACCUCAGCAGAAAGUGUCUGCAGACGUUCACCAUAUAUUAACUACACCUGAAAUCAGAGAACCACCUCUGUUUGAUGUGUCACCUAACUCACAAAGUGCUCCUCACCCCUCCUUCUCAAAGACAUCCAAAACGAGAAAAAGCGUACAACAAAAUCUGCCCCAUGAAGACGCAAGUGCAAAGCCUCCACCAAAGCAUGGAGCUGGACAAGAUGCAGCCAUGAAACCCGCCAUUGCAUCUCUUGCAGGAACAGCUAGAUCAGUAUCUAUGUCUAAAAGGCCUCAGCCACCUGCUAAGCACAGAUCAGAGAGGCCUUUGUCAACAGGGGGGACUUUUAAGAACCGCACUCAUUCACAGCAGGUGUCGAGUGAAAAAAAGAAAUCUCCUACCACUCGGGUUCAGCGGUCGACUGUCUUAAGCAGAGGUCACUUGCUGACCUCCUCUAGCUCUGAUGGAAGUGCAGUGGACAGUGAUGAGUCUGCUUCUGACGAGUCAGAACAGAAUGGACAGAAGCACAGAAAGGCAAGAAAGAAAAAGAGAAGACAACUAAAGGACUUGCCGCAGGAGCAGACAAACCCUAAAAAUCGUAGCUCAGGCAGUCUCAAAAGCAGCUCUGCAUCCAGCACUAUUCGGAGUGUGAAGUCUGUUGCUGAACUGCUAGAGGAAGCGAGAGAAAUUGCAGCAGAGCGACCACAGGAGACUGACCACCAGAGGGUGCCACAGGAAGCAAGGUCAAAAACGCUAGUGAAGGAAAGUGGACACACAGUGAAUGAGCUCAUCGCCUCUCUGCAGAGUCAGGACAAAAGUGGAUCCCCCUCUGAGCUGACCAUUAAAGAGCAGAUGAGGAGAGAGCUUGUGGACGUUUUUCAUAUUUCUGAUGAGGAGGUUGGGAGCCAGAAGGACCUCCUAGCAAAACAGCUAGUAGAAGGUGUCAGUGAAAAGAAACCUUCUUCAGGGCCUGUGCAUUAUGGACCUGUUUUAUCAGGAAGCUUUAAGGUAGACAUGCCAGCCUCACAGAAAGUUCCUGAGCUUAUCUCUGAUGAGGAAAGUCUCAAGGACCUGUUCUCUCAGGUGACUGAUGUGGCUGGAAUGGAGGCUCGAGGGGGUAGUUUUGCUCUAGUCCCAAGACCUCGAAGAGUAUCCCAGCAACCAAGAGCCAUUCAUGGCCUCUCCUUUCUCGCAACCUGGACUCCUAAAACAAAUUCAGGAGAGUACAAAACCAUCCACCACCUCUGUACCACUCCUGCCUGUCAAGUCUUGCCAGUGGAGCUACAACGGGCCUCUAGUUUAUACCACACUCAGGACAUACUUGCUGCAUCUUCACAGUUUCAUCAGCAGAGGGCAGCAGUCCACCCUGUUACUCACAGGGUGAUGUGUGAAGGUGUACCUGUGGAGCAUGUUGGAGACACAGAGCAGACAGGUGGUGUCACAUACCUUCCAGCACAGUCAUCAGAUGCUCUAGCAGACUGGCAGAGGAUCGCAGAGUACUACGUGGAAAAACCCAGGAUGAUUAUGUGUGGACAUGCGGCCAAACUGUGUGAUGGUCAGUUGAGAAUGUUCUGGAGUCCAGCACCUCCGAAAUUCAGUUGUGCUCCGUGUGUUAUAAAAGACAAACUCUUCCCCCAGUACCAGGCUACCCCUCCUGAUCUAUCCAGUGAGAAUGUCUUGGCUGGUCUGCAAGCUGUGACAGAAUCAGGCAGCAGUCAGAUGGACAUGAAGAUAAAUACUGCUGUGGAAAACAUUCUGUCCAGAAAGCACAAGUCUUUGAUGGACCUGAGAGCAGAGGAACCGGACCCAGUGCCUUCACCAGAUGUCUGCUUGGAACAGAAGCUUCUGGUGAAGCGUCCCUUCUCGGCCCCACACUUAACCCCGGAUCCCAACUCUUCUCUGAGGCUGCAGUCUGACUCCACCACCAUCAGCAGAGAGCUGGACCGCGUCCAGCAGCAGCAGUCCCUCGUCUGCACCCAGUCUGACUACAUGCUCAGUGCCAGCCAGGUUCAGUCUCAGGAUACUCAUAGUAAGCCCAGCUCUCCAAAGCAGUCGAGCUGGGACCUAAGCCACAGUGUAUCACAUCCCUGCAGGGUCAGAGGCAGGAGAGCCCUGGCAAAGCAGUCUAUCAGGAGUACAAGUGCCACCCAGUCCAAACGCAAGACCAGCAAAACAGGGAAGAAACUCAGCUCUGCUAAGCUGGCAUACGUUCUUAAGAAACUGAGGGAGCUGCCACGAACUCUAACAAGGAGUAAAUCUCUAUGUGAGAUGCCACAGAAGCCCAAAGUAUCUGCAGAGCAGACUGCUCUCCUCCGCCACCCAAGCCUGCCACUGCUACUGGAAUUUGAGGUCUUUACUGCGGAGCGAGGCAGUGUUCCUGACACGCUUCCACCCCAAGAGUGGGUUAGGGACAUCUGGAACACCUGGUUUGAUGAGGUCUUUCCCCCACGUGAGGAGAGCAGUAUCAGGAGUGAUCAGCAAUCCAGGAAAACAUGCACAGUCUCCAGUGAGCAAGAGAAACAGCCUUUACAGAAUGAGAUCCGCAUUCUGGACAGAGUGGAUCUCUCUGAGGCGCUGGAUGAGGGCCUAACCACUGCAGACCUGGAGAGGGAGGUAGCCAAGCUGACCCAGACUAUGGCUGAACAUGGGAGGGACAGUGCCUUUGACCUGUGUCGCAGAGGAGCACUAUAUAAAAAACUUGGUCAACUCAGCCAAGCACUUGAGGAUCUAAAUGCUGCCAUCUCUCUAGAGCCUCAUUUACUGGAUGCCUACUGGCACAGGCACAGCAUCUACCUGCUGAGAAAUGUCCCCAGUAGUGCACUUGACGAUCUCAACUUCAUCAUUAAGCACAACAAGAAGCAUGCAGAUGCCUUUAAGUCAAGAGCAGAAAUCUACAGAAUGAGAGGAGAGAGCAAUCUGGCCAUAAUUAACUACACACAAGCCAUAAAGUGCAAGCCAGAUGAUCCUGAAAACUACUUCAGAAGGGCUAAGAUGUAUGAGAAGACAAGAGAGGUCGUUUUGGCCAUGGAGGACUAUGCCAAAACAUUUGCCCUUAACCCAGCGAGGACAGAUGCACUAAUGGCACAUGGCCUACACCACUUCCACACUUCUAACUGGAGGGUGGCCCUGGAAGACUUCACUCUGCUGCUGAAGCAGGAGCCUACAAACGCCAGAGCCAGGACCUACAGAGGAAAGAUCUUUGCCAAGCUUGGCCUUUUUCAAGAGGCUGUUGAGGACUUUUCUUUGGCUGUGCACUUGGAUCCCAGUGACUGGCUGGCAUUUUACCAUCGUGGUUGUCUGCUCAGGAAGAUAAAGCCUGAUUUGGCCUUAAGAGACUUCAGUAUUUCUGUGCUUAUCAAUGAUAGUUCAGAGAAUCUCGGUGCAUUCGUUCAUCGUGGCCUUCUCUACACGGAGUGCCAGCAGUGGCAGCAGGCCAUGGCUGACUUUGAAGCUGUGAUCAAACUCGACAGGACUGUUGCUGUAGCCCAUAUCAACUUGGGACUUAUCUACAUGCUGACAAUGGACCAGAAUUAUGAUGCAAUCAAAAUGUUUAGCAGUGCUUUAAAAGUGGACCCUACACACAUACGAGGCUACAUAUGCCGAGCCAGAGCUUAUCACAAGGUGAAUGAUCUGGAGAGAGCUCUGAAAGAUCUUACUAGAGCCAUACACAUGAGACCAGAUGCCCAACAUCUGCACAUCAUGAGAGGGCAGUGUUUGUGUGAUAUGGGGCUGUUUGACCUGGCAACAUUCUGUGUACAGUAUGCAGCAGAGAUGAAUAAAGUUCUGGGCUCGUCUCUGGUCCAGCAGGCAGCUGUCCAGUCUUUCCUGCGGAACGAUGCCAAAGCUAUUGCCUGCCUGGUGUCGGCUGCCAACUCCCACCCCUCUUCUCCUGUCCUCAUCCUGUUAGGAAAGACGCAGAUGAAGGCACGCAAGUUCAUGGAAGCUGUAGAGAGCUUCAAAAAAGCUCUGUCUUUCCUGUGUCCCCCUGAGACGAACCUCUGUGAUGUGCCUGAGGCUUCUGAGCUGUACUACCUCACUGGCAUGUGCUACAUGGCUCAGGGAGAAGACUCUUUACUGCCUCAGGCUCUGGAAGCUUUCAGCAAUGCAGUUAGAAUAAAUCCUGACCACGCUGAUGCUUACCACCAUAGAGGCCUGUGCCGCAUACGCCUACAGCAGUCCAAGAGUGUGCAAGACUUCAACAGAGCGCUGUACAUCAACCCUAACUUCUUUCAGGUGUACCUAAGUCGAGCUGCCUUUUAUGGAGCUAAAGGACGAUAUUCAAAGGCAAUUCUCAACUGUAAUGAAGCUAUCAGGAUCCAGCCAAAGUGUGUCAGAGCCUACUUAUACAGAGGAGCUCUCAAAUUCCAUUCAAAGGUGUAUAAGGGGGCAGUGGAGGAUUUGACAAUGGCCAUCAAAAUCGAUAGUGCCUGCUCUUUUGCAUACUACAACCGUGGCGUGUGUUAUCAGCAGCUGAAGGAAUAUGAGCUGGCUCUCAGAGACUAUAGCAUAGUGCUGCUUCUUCCCAGUCAGAAGGAGAUUGAGCUUAAAGUCCUGAUAAAUCGCGCCCUUGUCUAUGUGGAACUUGAUGACCAUUACAAUGCCCUUCAGGACUUUAAAGCUGCUGCCAUGAAACAUCCUGAGGAUGCAUCUAUCCACCAUUCACUGGGAGUCCAUUUCCACAGGUUAGGACAACUGCAGGAAGCUGUGGAGGCUUACAGUGAGGCUUUGAGACUCAACCCUUUCCUACUUGAUGCCUAUGUUGGACGCGGUGAUGUCUUCAUGGACUACGGUCAUGCCCAGGCCAACAAACAGGCCCAAAGGGACUUCCUCUCUGCCCUGCAUCUCAACCCUCAGUGCUCCAGUGCCCGCAUUGGCCUGGCCUACAACUUCCAGGUUUUUGGAUGCUUCAAGAGAGCCUGGAAUCAGUUCACCGUAGCUGUGGAGGUUAAUCCAAAGUGCUGGGCUGCCUAUGAGGGACGAGCUAUUGUCAGUCUGCAGAUGGGGAACACAUUUGCAGCCUUCCAGGACAUAAACAAUGCUCUGAAGUGCAAUCCUCACUCAGAUCGGCUUCUGACGAACCGAGGUGUGAUAAACCAGUUCAUGGGAGACAAACCCAGCGCCAUGAGUGACUAUCAGAGAGCCAUUUCCCUCAACCCCACAUGCGCUCUUGCUUUCUUCAAUGCGGCUAACCUGUUUUUCUACAACAGACAGUUUGAACAGGCGUGUGAGUACUACAGUCGGGCAUUUCACCUCGACCCCAGUGACGAGUCGGCCAUCCUGAACCGAGCCAUCACUCUGGCUCUAUUGCGGAAAAUUCCAGAGUCCUUGAGGGACUUCAGUGAGGCUCUCAACCUCAACCCUCACUCAGCUCAUGUCUACUUUAACAGAGCCAAUCUGUACUUCUCUCUCAGGAAGUACAAAGCAGCAGAGAGGGACUAUACACAAGCUCUCCAGCUUCAGCCUGAUGAUGCUCUGCUGUAUAAGCUCAGGGCAGAUGUGCAUGGUCAUCUAGGGCUGACCGAACAGGCAGUCAAAGACUAUAGAACUGCAGUGGAGCUCCAGGAAGCUAAGCAGCAUCAUCAUGCAAAUCUCUUUAACAGGUGAUUGAGGCCCUCAGGAGAGAACACACCGUUUAAUUUUUGGUGUAAAUUUGUGUAAUUUAU